AUGUCGGUCUCAGUCGCCGAGCUUGACGCCACUGUCAAGGCUUUCCAAGAGGGCAAGGGUGAGAUACAGAAGCAGGCCCAACAAAAACUGAACGAGUUCAAAUCCAACCCCGAUGCCUGGUUGAUGGUGGACAAGAUCCUACAAGAGUCUUCGUACAUGCCGACUAAAUAUCUUGGUCUGCAAGUCUUGGAUGAUGUUGUCAACACGCGAUGGAAAGUUUUGCCCCGAGACCAGUGCCUAGGAAUUCGAAAUUUCGUCGUCAACCAGAUCCUGCAGGCCUCAGAAACUGAAGAGUCCCUCAAGGCCAACAAACUCUUCCUCAACAAGCUUGACUUGACCCUGGUCACUAUUCUCAAGCAAGAAUGGCCCCAUCACUGGCCGACAUUCAUCAACGAAAUCAUCUCCGCCUGCCAUAGUGGCUUGUCGGUUUGCGAAAACAACAUGACCAUUCUGCGACUACUUUCCGAGGAGGUCUUCGAUUUCUCACAGGACCAAAUGACUUCUACCAAGGCGAAGAAUCUCAAGACCACCAUGUGUGCAGAGUUUUCAUCCAUCUUCCAGCUGUGCAAUGAAGUCCUUACCACGGCCAAUUCGAUCACGCUGGUCAAGGCCACGCUGGAGACUCUGCUACGUUUCCUGAACUGGAUCCCCUUGGGGUUCAUCUUCGAGACGAAGCUGAUCGAUACCCUUGUCACCCGCUUUCUGGAAGUUGAUCAAUUUCGCAACAUCACUCUCAAAUGUUUGACCGAGAUCGGCGGUCUACAGCUCGGCCAGCAGUAUGAGUAUGACGACAAGCUCAUCCAAAUGUUCACCGAAACCCUAACUGUAGUUUCCAAGACCAUUUCGCUGGAUACUGAUUUCCGUGAAGCAUACGCAAAAGCAAAAGCUUCCGAACAAGAAUACAUCCUCAACUUGGCCAUUUUUCUCUGCAACUACUUCUCGGCUCACUUGCAGACCAUCGAACGCCUGCCGAACCCUGAUUAUCUACUGACGGGUCAUUUCUAUUUGAUCAAAAUCAGUUUGAUUGAUGACCGAGAGAUCUUCAAGAUCUGCUUGGAAUACUGGAACAAGUUGGUUCAAGAACUGUACGAGGAGAUGCAACAACUGCCCAUAACUGAGCUCAACCCUCUUGUAAAUAUGGGUGUUGGUGGCCUGGCCAACGGGGGUGCACCUCAUCCCAGCACUCUCGCAAACUACCCAUUACGGAAACACAAGUAUUCGCAGGUUCUGUCAAGCUUGAGACAAGUCAUGGUAGAGAAGAUGGUGCGCCCCGAAGAAGUUCUCAUUGUAGAAAAUGACGAGGGAGAGAUUGUCCGUGAGUUCGUGAAAGAAAGUGACACUAUUCAACUCUACAAGACGACACGCGAAUGUCUAGUCUACUUGACGCAUCUAGACGUCGUGGAUACGGAGAACAUCAUGUCCGAGAAGCUUGCCCGCCAAGUGGACGGAUCCGAGUGGUCCUGGAAUAACUGCAACACACUAUGUUGGGCCAUCGGCUCAAUAUCUGGCGCCAUGAACGAAGAAACCGAGAAGCGGUUCUUGGUCACCGUGAUUAAGGAUCUGCUUGGUCUUACGGAGAUGAAGCGUGGCAAAGACAACAAGGCGGUCGUGGCCAGUAACAUCAUGUACAUCGUCGGCCAGUAUCCUCGUUUCUUGAAAGCCCACUGGAAGUUUUUGAAGACCGUCGUCAACAAGCUGUUCGAGUUCAUGCACGAAACUCACGAAGGUGUCCAGGACAUGGCUUGCGACACUUUCAUCAAGAUCGCAAACAAAUGCAAACGACAUUUUGUGGCGCUGCAACCUGGCGAGACGGAACCGUUCAUCGACGAGAUUGUGCGCAACAUGCAGAAGAUCACAUGUGACCUCACGCCUCAACAAAUACACACGUUCUACGAGGCUUGCGGUUACAUGAUAUCGGCGCAGGGCCAGAAGAGUGUCCAGGAUCGACUGAUCGACAACCUAAUGUCGCUACCGAACCAAGCUUGGGACAGCAUCAUUGCUCAAGCAAACCGCGAUUCAUCGAUCUUGCAAGAUGCUGAAACGAUCAAGGUGAUUGGCAACAUCAUGAAGACUAAUGUGGCUGCAUGUUCGUCGAUAGGAACUUAUUUCUACUCUCAAAUUGGACGUAUCUACCACGACAUGUUGAACAUGUACCGGGCAUCGAGCUCCUUGAUAUCAGACGCCGUCGCUUCCGGUGGCAACGUGGCGACCAAGACUCCCAAAGUCCGCGGUUUGCGCACCAUCAAAAAGGAGAUUCUGAAGCUUGUUGAUAUAUAUGUUCAAAAGGCAGAUGAUCUCCAGAUGGUAAAUGACACAAUGGUCCCCCCUCUUCUUGACGCCAUUCUGCUCGACUACCAGCGCAACGUUCCGGACGCUCGAGAUGCCGAAGUGCUCAGUGUGACCACUACCAUCGUCCAUAAGCUACAUAACCUGAUGGAAGACAAGAUUUCUCCUAUCAUGGACGCAAUCUUUGAAUGUACACUCGAGAUGAUCAACAAAGAUUUCCAUGAGUAUCCUGAGUUCCGAGUAGAGUUCUUCAAGCUUUUGCAAGCUAUCAACUUGUUCUGCUUCCCAGCUCUGCUCAAGCUCGAUGGACGUCAAUUCAAGCUGAUCAUCGACUCCUGUAUGUGGGCCAGCAAGCACGACAACCGAGAGGUCGAAAACACUGGGUUGACGAUGUGUCUCGAAUUGAUCAACAACAUGGCAGAGACCGAUCCACAAACGUCGGGGGUUUUCUUCCAGCAGUUCUACAUUUCUAUUCUACAAGACGUUUUCUAUGUUCUCACAGACUCGGAUCACAAAGCCGGCUUCAAGUCACAAUGCAUGCUGCUGGCUCGUAUGUUCCAGCUGGUCGAAGCCAACAAGAUCUCGCAACCACUGUAUCAAAAUGGCCAGGCAGCGCCCGGGACAUCCAACAAGCAGUUUGUCACCGAAUUCACGGCCAAUCUACUUCACAAUGCGUUUUCCAACCUCCAAGACGUGCAAAUCCAGCAUUUCGUGAAUGGACUGUUCACUCUUAACGAGGAUGCCAACAAGUUCAAGACGCACAUGCGCGACUUUUUGAUCUCACUCAAGGAGUUUGCCGGCGACAAUGCUGAGUUGUACGCGGAGGAACGUGAGCAGGAGAAGAAGGAUCUUGCAUCGGCGGAGCGUGAGCGAGCCAUGAAGGUCGGCGGUCUUAUCAAGCCGGCAGACCUGGAUCAGGAUGACGAGCUCUGA